AGAGCGUCACGCCGUAGUUGACGCAGCCCGAGCCUUUCCGAAGUGAUUUUUAUCUGAAACAAAAGCUCAGUUUGACCUUAAAUCAUGUUCUUUUUUUACGUGUUUAGUGUCUCCGCGGAACCGGCCGCUCCGAACAUGAGUCCAGCCGCGAGUCCGUGAGCUUUAACCCAGCGGAACCGGUCCGAAAGAGGAGUUUAACCCACGGAGCUACGCGCUAAAGCUAAAGCAGGAGAUGUCGUUCCCGUUUAAGAUUCCUCGCAGAGCUCCGUCGGACUCGAACUCAGACUCGGUGCAGAUGACCUCCCCCCUGUCCAGACUCCAGGACCACGCACACACUCUGAAGAGUUUUUCCUCGUUCAGAGACAGGAAUGUCGGUGGGAGCAGCUCAAACCGAGAAAGAAACACUCUGAAAAUCCAUCUCAAACCCCGAGUCGAACCCAAACCCACUGAGACUUUUUCUAACGGGUGGCGUCCCAAACGAGCCUCAGAUCGUCUCCUCUCUCCUCGGGCUUCAGUCUCUUCAGUCGACGUGAAAAAUGACAAAAGUUUGGAUUCUCCUCCAAAACCGUCGAGUGUCUCAGACCGGAGCUCGCCGCCCCCCCUCGCCGCGCCGCCCCCCUCGCACCGCCCCCCUCCCGCCCGCCCUCUCGACCCUCUGCACGACCUCCGAGCACAACGGCAUCAUGGGAGUUCACCUGCAGACAGGAAGUGCUCCAGGACUCAGGAAACGCCAAAGAAGGAGAAGAGUGUGUUGUCCUCAGACAGAGCUGCUCCUCCUGCUCCUCCUGCUCCUCCUGCUCCAACACAACAGAGCGGCUGGUCCGAGCUCAGCGACGUCCGAGAGAAACAGAGACUCAAGUGGAAACAGUUUAAAGAAAAGAAACAAAACCGGACUCACAGCAGGACCCACAGAACCCAGGACCAGAACCGGGACCAGAACCGGACCAAGACCAGGACUACGGCCAGCUCUGAGCCCAUUGUUUUGUCGAGUGAAGAGGAGGAAGAGGAGCAGAGUGACAUCAUCAGGAGCGACCAAUCAGAGCGCUCCGAGCAAACGCAGGCGGUCGCUCCCUCCCUCUCCUCCUCCCUCUCCUCCUCCCUCUCCUCCUCCCUCUCCUCCUCCCUCUCCUCUUCUGUCUCCUCGUCUCCUCCACACUCCUCCGCUCCUCCUCCCUCCUUCCUGCAGUUGGAUUUCUCCUCCUUCCACUUGGGUUUGUCCAGAGCCGAGGCCGGAGGUAAAAUCACGAUCACAGAGAGCAGCAUCUCCAUCCCCCUCAGAGAUCUGUGGAACUCCAGGUUCAUGUUUAUCUAUAAAUGUCUCAUCACCAAAUCUUCAACAAAAUCCACAAAGAAAAAAAAAAAAUCCAAACAUGAAAAAUUUAUCCACAACUCAAGAAAAACAAAACUUAAAGGAAACGACGAGGAGCAUAAUCCUCAGCGACACUUCAGACGAGGGGAAAAAGGUCCUGGUCCUGGUCUCAGUCCUGGUCCUAGUCUCAGUCCUGGUCUGGGGUCUUCGGUGGACUUGUGUGUCGUGGCGUCUCAGGUCAAAGCGUUCGGUCUGUGGGACGGGGGCGUGGCCAGGGGCGGGACUCUCUUCUCUGACCCCUCCCACAGCCCCUCAGGCCCCGCCCCCUCGCUGCUCUUCCUGUGGAUCAGCGACGCCCAAUCGAAGCUUCUGCACGUCGAACUGAGCCAGAUCCACCGACCCGCGGACCCGGUCUGCUGUGUGGUUCUUCUGGUUCUGAAGGAGCAGCUCUCGGACUUGGACUCUGCUCUGGUCUUGUCGGUCUUGGACUCCGGAGACUACAGAAGGUCCAGGUCUAGAUCCGGAUCGGGACCUUUAGACUGGAGUCAGGGUCUAGUCCUGGUCCACACCUGCCCCGCACCUGUCGACUCACACCUGCUGCACCUGCUCGGCCAAAAGAAGAAGACGACAGUCGACCAGGUUGGAGUUGUGAGGACCAGGUCCAGGCUCAGGUCUGGAGCUCAGAAGUUUCCCUCCAGGCUGAUGCAGUACCCCGCGGCGCCCUCUAGAGGGGGCAUCUCUGUGAGUUCUGAGGACCUUCUGUGUCUGAGUCCAGGACAGUUCCUCAACGACGUCAUCAUCGACUUCUACCUCAAGUACUUGGUGCUGGAGGGUGUAGGGGGCGCUGUGGCCCACAGGAGCCACGUCUUCAGCAGCUUCUUUUACAAACAGCUCAGUAAGAGACGAGCGGCGGGAGAAGACGACCCCGCCUCUGUGCCAGAUCGCCACACGAGGCACCGGAGAGUCAAAACCUGGACCAGGAACGUGGACAUUUUCAACAAGGACUUCCUCUUUGUGCCUGUCAAUCAAGAGUCUCACUGGUUCUUGGUGCUCGUGUGUUUUCCUGGACUCGAGGAGCCCAAACACCAGGACUUCAAACCCUGCUCAGACGCAGUGAGGCCUGGGUUUGGUUUGCGCCCACAGACUCCACCGGAGUGCACACUGAAGGGCUGCAGGAAAAACAAGGUCUUAAAACGUCCGUGUCUUCUGGUGAUGGACUCGUUGAAGCUCUCGUACCAUGAGACGGUCUGCAGGCUGCUGCGAGAUUACCUGCAGGUGGAGUGGGAGGUGCGUCGAGGUUCUCGGCGUCUUUUUUCCUCCGACUCGAUGAAAAGCUCAAACUGUAAAGUUCCACAACAAGACAACAGCUCCGACUGUGGAGUUUAUCUGCUCCAGUACGCACACACCUUCCUCCAGAACCCUGUGGUGAACUUUGACCUCCCCGUGAGACUCGAGACCUGGUUUCCACGACAACAAGUCCGGAACAAACGAGAAGAAAUCAAGAGUCUGGUCCUGAAACUGCACCAAGACCAGGGACUGAACCAGGACUAGACCAGGACCAAGACCAGGACCAAGACCAGGGACUGGACCAGGACCAAGACCAGGACCAAGACCAAGACCAGGACCAAGACCAGGGACUGAACCAGGACUAGACCAGGACCAAGACCAGGACCAAGACCAGGACCAAGACCAGGACCAAGACCAGGGACUGAACCAGGACCAAGACCAGGACCAAGACCAGGAACUACACCAGGACUGUGUGAAUGAACUCUUGUAGUUUUUUUUUGUUUGUUUUUAUUUUUAUUUUUUAUGAAGGAUUUAGUCUUAAUUAAUUUAUUAAUAAUAAAUGUGAGAAAACAA